CCUCGUCUCUCUCCCGCCUGACACAUCAGUCUCCGUCGACGAAACAUGUCUCUCAUCGCCGACUGCUUUCGCCGUCUGACGGACAUCUCGUCCUGCAAAAGCGAGCUCAAAGGCUACAAAGUGACCGAUGUGAAUCGUACACGAAAAAUCGGUAUUGCUUGCCGAAAUUUUCAGGAUUUGAAACAGAAGGCAUGUUUAAAGUUAAAUGUAACUAACGAUCCAGCGGAAGUGAAUGUUUUUCUUUUAGACGGAUCAUUGAUCGACGAAGAAUAUUUUUGUACGUUGGAACCACAGACUAUUUUGAUCUUGCAGAAGCCAGGGGAAAAAAUAUUAUCCGACGCGGACAUUCUCUAUGAUGCACUGAGACGCGUGAACAUCGAUUUCCUCACUGCUGGCGACAGGGUGACGCAAUUCCUGACGGAGAAUCUUAAAGCAAAAGUCGCUUUGUUGAACAAAGUAUUAAACAAAGAUGACUCUAAGACCGCUUUCAACACGAGGGAAGAACAUCCGGAGUGGUUUGAAAAUUUGGAAACCAAUUGUAUGACAAAGGAAGCAUACAUGCACCGCAGAUGUCAGGAUAGAAUACGCACUUAUCUUUACAAAACGAUUGAGCAGAUUAAGUGCUCGGACGUGUUUAUAAAUGAUUAUAAGGCGAGGAAACAACUUCUGCAUACAAUAGCGUUCUUCAAACUUCAGCUUAAGCAGGAUCACUAUUUCGGGUAUUAUUUUGAUAGGAGCAGAGCGGAGUUUGACUCUAAAAGCGACAGUGACGAGACCGAUUAUGCUCGAUGUUACGAGCACUGUCCCUGUAAUUUUGGUCAUAUUAACGAUGAAACAUAUCUUCGUCAACGGUAUCUCCGUUUACCUCAGUCAUCGGAUAUUAACGCGACUGCUGAUUUUGAUAAGAUUGACGAGACGGACGCAAGAAAGUGCCUCGCAUCCGAGAAAAACGCGAAAACAGGGAACGACGAUUCGGAGAGCUUUCUUUAUCGCGUGAAACUGCGAGAAAAGCAGAUUGCUAUUUGCGACAAGAAAGGCGAAUUCAAAUGCGAAGGUCGGUGGAACACCGAUGGCUGUCCCUACGGCGACAGGCACAAGAUUAAUCCGUACAGAUCCAAGGAGGACCUUGCCUUAUUUUCUACAUGGAAUUUGGAUCAUAAAAUCGAAAGGUCCAGAACGCUUAUUCCGAAGUUGUUGCAAAUCUCGCAACAAGAUACGAUCAAUGAAGAGGACAUCUACGACUGUUACGACAAUCUGUUUACCGUGAAGAAUUUAAGACUAGUCCAUAUCGUAUGCCACGAUAAAGGAUCGCAUAAAUAAGCGCUAAUUCCAGGAGAUUAUAUUUGGCACAUAUAUUACGCUUUUAAAAGUGCCGAUUGUAUACGUGAAUGCUAAAGAAUAAUUGUACACAAUUGUGAAUGAGAUGAUGCACCUAUAUGUAAUGCAUAUAGAGUGCGCUCGCGAUCUCUUCAGAUCUC